CCUUAACAACUUGACUUUCUAUUUAAUAUUUUUUAAUAUUUAUUACUUUUUUUGCUCUGAAAUAUAAGAUAAUUUAAGAAUGGUGAAAGAUAAGGCUCUCAACAUCACAUAUUCUGUGACUGACUUAUGCUACGAGUUUGAUCACUUCAGCAACAAACUAACCUCAAGUCCAUCUGUCAUUUGCGUGAUUUUAUAUUUCUUUCUUGCUCUGUUGUCAGUUAUCACAGUUUGUGGGAACCUCCUUGUGAUCAUUUCAAUUGCUUACUUCAAGCAGCUGCACACUCCCACUCACUCUCUCAUCCUGUCUCUGGCUGUGGCUGACCUGCUGGUUGGGAUUGUAGUUUUUCCUCUCAGCAUGGCGUUCUCUCUCAGCUCCUGUUUGUUUUAUGAUGGUUUGCUGUGUAAGGUACGGGACAGUUUCGAUGUCACGCUCAGCACCUGCUCCAUCAUGAAUCUGUGCUGCAUUUCUGUUGACAGAUACUUUGCUGUGUGUCAGCCGCUGAUGUACAAAACUAAAAUCAACCAGCGUGUUGUUGUUGUCAUGAUCGUGGUGAGCUGGGGGGUUUCAGUGCUUGUCGGGAUAGGAGUGAUAAUUGCCGGGUUCAACAACUCUCGAUGUGAAGAUUACUGCUUGAUUAAUGUUUUCAUUGUGAAUAUCACUGGGACUGUUUUGUCCUUUUACUUCCCGGUGAUCAUAAUGUUGUGUAUUUAUCUGAAGAUCUUCCUUGUUGCUCAGCGACAGGCUCGCAGCAUCCAGAUGGCAGCAAAGUGUGCAGCAGCUGUUAGCAAGAUGGAGAGAAAAUCCACCAAAACUCUGGCUACUGUUCUGGGAGUUUUUCUCUGCUGCUGGACUCCUUUUUUUCUGUGCAUCACAUUCUUGCCUUUCACCAGCAGUCCAAUCCCUGUCCCUGUGAUUGAAGCCAUGUCCUGGCUCGCCUUAUCAAACUCAACCCUGAAUCCAUUCAUUUAUGCUUUUUAUUACAGAUGGUUCAGGUCAGCCUUUAAAAUGAUUGUCUCUGGAAAAAUAUUACAAAAAAAUUUUGCUCAUUUAAACUGAACUGACUAUCAGUUUUAAUGGAAACAUGUGAUGGCAACUGCAUUAAACACUAAGUAUAAAAUAUCUGAAUUUAUAUACAAAUGCAGCCUAAAUGAAAAAGGUAGAUAGUAGGUAACAAAAGCAAACAACUGCUUUAGAUUUAGUUAAAUCCGGACGGUUGAGAGCUUUAGAUUUUUUUAAAUAUACUAAUAAGUUGAGUAAUUAAAUUGAACUGUCUUUUUUUUUUUUGGAAAACAAACAUGUAGCAACAGUGUAAGAACAGUGUAACAAUUGUUGAUUUUUUUCCACAUCAGGAACCAGAAGCUGAAACUAGCUGUGUGAUUUGUAUGUGAUGGAGCAGAACACAAAUUUUGAACAACACAAUGUUUCAUUUAAUAAAAGGUUUUCAAAAGACUAAGAAAUCAAAAAAUCAAACAAAGUUAAGAUAAUCCUACUUUUUUUAAUGGGCUGAUUUGAAGACAAUUGAAAACUGAAAAACACUGUAUUCUUUUGAUAUUUAUGUUACAUUUAACACAUUUGUGACUUGAAGUUGAUGACAUUUAAGGGGACUAAGAAGAGAACUAUUCAAUGCUUUUAGUGAAAUGUUGCAAUCAUACAACCUUUGUAAUAAAAGUUUCAAAUGAAAAAAAUAUGCUCAUAUUUUUUAAAAACAUUUUUUUAAUUGAGUUGCGCAAUUGUACAUUUUUUGUAGUUUAGAAAAACACUACAGAAUUUGCAGAAAUUGAGCCGAUAAAAUUAGUUAUAAGUAGAAAGCAGCAUUGAAACAGGUAUAUAAACACAAGUGGGCUAAAAUAAUUGUUAGUGAUGAAGUGAUUAAUUUGAGGAGAAUUUUAAAAGCAGGAUGGAUUUAUUAAAAGUGAGACAGGUUCACUGUCUUAGCUCUUUCCUUAGGCCUGCA